AUGAUGUCACAUUACCUCAGCAAUGAGGAAAUCCAUGCCAUUGGCAACAAAGACUUCAACCUGAUUGCGGAAUUCCUGCUUGACAGCAUCCUUUUGGGCCCCACUGAGGAAAGAUGGGAAGAUUACUAUGAGAUUGUUCCAAUGGAAAACCUGCUGGAAUCCAGGAGAAAUGGAGCUAUGUGGCUUUCAAAGGGCUGUCAACAUUGGCAGCAUGUGAUUGCAAGUAGGAGUGGUCUGCUGAAUAAGAAUUGGAAAGUUGGCACCCCGUGUUUGUCUUCAGUGUUACAUCAUAAGACAAGAUCCCUAUCAAACCAAGCAAAUGUGGAGGAAGUUGACACACUGAUAGUUGGAGGAGGAAUUGCAGGUGUGUCCUUGGCCUACCAUUUGGCCAAGAGAGGUCAGGAGAAGGUGGUGGUGUUGGAAAAGUCUGACUUGACAGCUGGCUCAACAUGGCAUGCAGCUGGAUUGGUCACCCACUACCAACCCACUGUCAAUGCCAAGAGGAUCCACCAGGCCAGCAUCAGCCUCUAUUCCCAACUGGAGAAAGAGACUGGACAAAGUGUGGGGUUCCACAGGUGUGGCAGUUUGAGAUUGGCCACUUCACCAAUCAGACUGGAAGAGAUGAGAUACCAGCUUGGAAUGCAGAAUUGGCAACCUGUGCCAAUGAAACUACUGAGCAAGUCUGAGGUGGCAGCCAUGGUUCCUUUCAUGAAAAUGGACAAUGUGAGAGGUUCAACUGUAAAAGCAACGUUGGUGACUCUGAAUCAACAGAUUCAUGGAGGACUGUUCACUGCUGGUGACGGGCACAUAGACCCUUACUCAUUGACAAUGGCUCUUGCCGCAGGCGCGAGGCGUCAUGGCGCCCGCCUGUUGAUACAAACUGGCGCAGUGUCCUUUUCGCACAAUGCGCAACCCCACGGCUCCUGGGAGGUAAAAACAUGCUCCGCUGAAGAACCCCUGAAGGUUUCUUUUCGCGCGAAAAAUGUGGUGAAUGCUGCCGGGUUCUGGGCGCGGCAAGUGGGUGAUGCCAUGGGUGAAUUCGUGCCCACAAUACCCGUUGAACACCAGUAUUUGAUCACGGGUCCGGUGCCGGAACUCGAAGGGCAUGACGAGGAGUUUCCGGUGUUGCGGCAUUUGGACGGAAGUUUUUACAUGAGGAAAGAACGCGGAGGGCUUCUCAUCGGGCCUUACGAAUCGCCGGGAUCCAUGAAAACCAGGGACGAUUGGUUGGAAAACGGAGUCCCGCCAGGAUUCGGCAAAGAACUGUUUGAACCCGACUUGGAGCGUCUAAGUCCUCACCUCAGCAUCGCCAUGGAAGCUUUCCCGUGUUUUGCGAAAGCAGAGAUAAAAAGCGUUAUUUGCGGCCCAAUCACGUAUUCCCCCGAUCUGGCGCCUUUGAUCGGUCCUGGAACAUUGCCAAAUUCCUGGGUUAUGGCGGGCUUUGGGUAUGGAAUAGUUCAUGCAGGAGGAGCAGGGAGAUAUUUGGCAGAUUGGAUCAUUGAUGGAGAGCCACCAUUUGAUGUGUCUGAGUAUGACCCUGGUAGGUUCAGACCCACCUGGACUACCCCAGAGUACGUGUCAACCAAGGCCAGGGAAAGCUAUGGGCUGAAUAAUGCUUUGCCCUACCCUUUUGAGGAAAGAUUCGCAGGAAGGCCAACAACUAGACUGAGUGGAGUGUAUGAAGAUCUCAUCGCCAGAGGGGCUUUCAUGUCUGUUCAUGCUGGUUGGGAACAGCCUGCUUGGUUUGAGAAAACUGAGGGCCAGAGACCAGAGUACAAACCGUCAUUCAAAAGGACCAACUGGUUCCUGCCUGUUUUGAAGGAGUGUGAACUGGUCACAAAUCAGGUUGGAAUCAUAGACCUGACACCCUUUGCCAAAUUCAGGAUAACUGGGAAGGAUGCCUCCAAGUUACUGGAUUUUGCCACCAGCAACAAGUUGCCAAAAGUUGGUAGAACUGUCAUCACUCACUGCCUUACUCCAAAGGGAAAGGUUUAUGCGGAAAUUACCCUCACCAGACUGGAUGAGAAUUCUUUCAUAGCUGUCACAGGCUCUGGGAGUGAGAUUCAUGAUCUCAGGUGGCUCGAGAACAUCCAAAGAACCCAAAGAUUCUCAGAUGCCAGGAUUGAAAAUGUGACAGACGAGUUUGGAGUGCUUGGGAUUGCAGGGCCAAAAUCCGCAGACGUCCUGGCAAAACUCGAUUCAUCCUUAGCCUCCAUGAAAUUCCUCUCUGCAAAAACCGUGGUUCUUGAAGGACACGACCAGGCUACAUUGAUUUUGCGCUUAAGUUACACUGGGGAACUCGGAUAUGAAAUUUACGCUCCACAAGACAUUCUGAAGAGGCUGUAUCAUGAAAUUUUGGCCGCUGGUCAAGAAUUUGAACGCGGAGGGCUUCUCAUCGGGCCUUACGAAUCGCCGGGAUCCAUGAAAACCAGGGACGAUUGGUUGGAAAACGGAGUCCCGCCAGGAUUCGGCAAAGAACUGUUCGAACCCGACUUGGAGCGCCUAACCAUGGAAGCUUUCCCGUGUUUUGCGAAAGCAGAGAUAAAAAGCAUUAUUUGCGGCCCAAUCACGUAUUCCCCCGAUCUGGCGCCUUUGAUCGGUCCUGGAACAUUGCCAAAUUCCUGGGUUAUGGCUGGCUUUGGGUAUGGAAUAGUUCAUGCAGGAGGAGCAGGGAGAUAUUUGGCAGAUUGGAUCAUUGAUGGAGAGCCACCCUUUGAUGUGUCUGAGUAUGACCCUGGUAGGUUCAGACCCACCUGGACUACCCCAGAGUACGUGUCAACCAAGGCCAGGGAAAGCUAUGGGCUGAAUAAUGCUUUGCCCUACCCUUUUGAGGAAAGAUUCGCAGGAAGGCCAACAACUAGACUGAGUGGAGUGUAUGAAGAUCUCAUCGCCAGAGGGGCUUUCAUGUCUGUUCAUGCUGGUUGGGAACAGCCUGCUUGGUUUGAGAAAACUGAGGGCCAGAGACCAGAGUACAAACCGUCAUUCAAAAGGACCAACUGGUUCCUGCCUGUUUUGAAGGAGUGUGAACUGGUCACAAAUCAGGUUGGAAUCAUAGACCUGACACCCUUUGCCAAAUUCAGGAUAACUGGGAAGGAUGCCUCCAAGUUACUGGAUUUUGCCACCAGCAACAAGUUGCCAAAAGUUGGUAGAACUGUCAUCACUCACUGCCUUACUCCAAAGGGAAAGGUUUAUGCGGAAAUUACCCUCACCAGACUGGAUGAGAAUUCUUUCAUAGCUGUCACAGGCUCUGGGAGUGAGAUUCAUGAUCUCAGGUGGCUCGAGAACAUCCAAAGAACCCAAAGAUUCUCAGAUGCCAGGAUUGAAAAUGUGACAGACGAGUUCGGAGUGCUUGGGAUUGCAGGGCCAAAAUCCGCAGACGUCCUGGCAAAACUCGAUUCAUCCUUAGCCUCCAUGAAAUUCCUCUCUGCAAAAACCAAUUCCGUGAAUAUUUGUUUGAAGGUGGUUCUUGAAGGACACGACCAGGCUACAUUGAUUUUGCGCUUGAGUUACACUGGGGAACUCGGAUAUGAAAUUUACGCACCACAAGACAUUCUGAAGAGGCUGUAUCAUGACAUUUUGGCCGCUGGAAUUGGUGACUUCGGAACUCAUGCACUCAACAUACUCAGAAUGGAGAAAGGCUUCAAUAUGUGGGGAAGAGAGAUGAACAUGGACACUGGACCACUUGAAGCAAAUCUGGGCCAUUUUAUCUGCUUUAACAAGGAUUUCAUUGGCAAAGAGGCAGUGGUCAGAGACAAACAAAUGGACAGGUCUGAGAAAAUCUUGGUCAUGUUGGCUGUGAACUCAAGUGAUGUUGACCCCGUUGGAAACGAGGCUGUUUGGAUGAAUGGCAAAGUGGUCGGGAAUGUCACGUCAGGCUGCUUCAGCCCAGCUUUGAAUAAAUCCCUGGCUUUCGCGUACAUUCCACCAUAUGCUGCAGUUGCUGGAACGCAUCUUCAAGUUGAACUCUUGGGGAACCCGACACAUGCUGAAGUCCUGGAAGCACCGCCUGUGAAAACUUACACUGCUCGCGUAAAACUGUCUCCAAAAGUGUAACAAUUUUUUUUCCAACAUUCAGAAUGAAGCACGAAACUUUUCAAAAUCCAAAA